AUGGCCACCGCCGCCGCCGCCUCCUCGACCGCCGUGGUGGCUGCCUCAUCGUACCCCACCUCCUCCGCUGCCCUCCUCGUGCCACCGGCAUCCUCCAGGCCGUUCUCCUCCGUCAAAACCCUACAGAAGCCCCUCUACGUCACCCUCUCGAAAAACCCUAUCUCAGAUGUCAUCUCAACCCACAAAAAGCCGACGGCCUCGAUCCACGACGACCCGAUGUUCUCCCCCGACGACGACGAAAAGCCUCGCGAGGAGUGUGGCGUGGUGGGCAUCUACGGCGACCCGGAGGCUUCCCGCCUCUGCUAUUUAGCUCUUCACGCCCUCCAGCACCGCGGCCAGGAGGGCGCCGGCAUCGUUUCGGUGCACGAAGGCGUCCUCCAGUCGGUCACCGGCGUCGGCCUCGUCUCUGAGGUCUUCAAUCAGUCCAAGCUGGACAAAUUGCCCGGCGAAAACGCCAUAGGCCACGUCAGGUACUCUACCGCCGGCUCCUCCAUGCUCAAAAACGUCCAGCCCUUUGUCGCCGGCUACAGAUUCGGCUCAGUGGGCGUAGCCCACAAUGGUAAUUUGGUAAAUUAUCAGUCCCUGCGCGCUGAGCUCGAGGAGAGUGGGUCCAUCUUCAACACGAGCUCCGACACAGAAGUUGUCCUGCACCUAAUCGCCAUCUCCAAGGCACGGCCUUUUUUCACCAGAAUCAUCGAGGCCUGCGAGAAGCUUAAAGGGGCUUAUUCAAUGGUUUUCUUGACCGAGGAUAAACUCGUAGCUGUUAGGGACCCUUUUGGGUUCAGACCUUUGGUGAUGGGUAGGAGGAGCAAUGGGGCCGUGGUUUUUGCUUCGGAAACUUGUGCAUUGGAUUUAAUCGAGGCCACUUACGAACGGGAAGUGUAUCCCGGUGAAGUUAUCGUCGUAGACAAAGAAGGAGUUGGGUCCGUUUGCUUGAUGCCACAUCCCGAGCCCAAAUCUUGCAUUUUCGAGCAUAUCUACUUUGCCUUGCCUAAUUCGGUCGUUUUCGGUCGAUCCGUCUACGAAUCGAGGCGUGCCUUUGGCGAAAUCUUGGCUACCGAAGCGCCCGUCGAAUGUGAUGUUGUGAUUGCCGUGCCCGAUUCGGGAGUUGUUGCAGCAUUGGGGUAUGCCGCUAAAGCCGGAGUCCCUUUUCAACAAGGGCUUAUACGGUCCCAUUAUGUCGGGAGGACAUUUAUCGAGCCCUCUCAAAAAAUUCGGGAUUUUGGGGUGAAAUUGAAGUUAUCUCCUGUGCGUGCGGUCUUGGAAGGAAAGCGAGUGGUGGUUGUGGACGACUCGAUUGUGAGGGGUACCACGAGCUCAAAAAUCGUGCGGCUUUUGAAAGAGGCGGGUGCUAAAGAGGUCCACAUGAGGAUUGCUAGUCCACCGAUAAUCGGGUCGUGCUAUUAUGGUGUAGAUACACCGAGCACAGAGGAGUUGAUCUCGAAUAGGAUGAGUGUGGAGGAGAUAAGGCAGUUCAUUGGGUCGGAUACACUUGCGUUCUUGCCGAUCGAUAGCUUGAAGGGGCUAUUGGGGAAGGAUGCGAAUAACUUCUGUUAUGCGUGUUUUUCGGGGAAUUAUCCGGUCGAGCCGAGUGGGAAAGUGAAGAGGGUGGGUGAUUUUGUGGAUGAUGGGUUGAGUGGGAGCAUGGAGAGUAUUGAUGGAGGUUUGGUUUUGAACAAGAAGAAGAUUGUGGAGGUUGGGAAGAUGGGAUGGGAUGAAGGGGUUAAAUUAUCUGCUUAA